GAGCACUUAAAUAGGCAAUUCCAAACGUAACUACUACUAAGGUGGUUACACGACCUGUCAGCCUGCGUGUCUGCAAAGGAGUCUGAGCCUCUGCGGUCUACAUUGACUACAGCUUUAGGACUACAAUUACUAAGGAGUACAAAUGGGAAAUGGCAAAUUACGCAAAUGCGAUAAGCAAAGUGAAAAUUUUGGUUGUUGGUGACUCGGGUGUUGGUAAAACCUCUUUGGUUCAUCUAAUAUGUCAUGGAUGUGCGCUGAGCAACUCACCGUGGACAAUUGGCUGCAGUGUAGAAGUAAAAGUACAUGAGUAUCGGGAAGGGACACCAAGUCAACGUCAGUAUUUCAUUGAAUUAUGGGAUGUUGGGGGAAGUAAUUCUCACAAGAAUGCUCGACAUGUAUUCUACAACCCUGUUCAUGGUAUCAUACUGGUUCAUGACUUGACAAAUAGGAAGUCACAGCUAAACCUAAGACAGUGGCUAUCAGAAAUCCUUAUCCGAGAGGGUGGUGGCUCAAGAUCCCGGUUGCCGUUAGUUGAAGGUUUUGAUGCUGAACAAUUUGGAGGGUUUACACAGGUAUAUGGUAUUAAAAAGUUACCUGUCUUUGUUGUUGGUACAAAGCAAGAUCUUGUUGCAGAAGUUCGGCCAAGCUUGAGAGUUCGUAGCUCUACUAUUGCUGAUGAAUGUGCUGCUGAUGAAAUUAGUGUUAGCACUCAUGACCAACGUUCCUUAGCCCCAGGAUCGAGCAAUGCAGUCAAACUCUCACGAUUUUUUGAUAAAGUCAUUGAAAGGCAGCAAACGACAACAUCACGUACAGAUCUCGGAGGAAUAAGUUACAAUGAAAAGGAGCCAUCAAUGUUUAGGAGAAAUAAAUCCGGUUCUUCCUUUAUCAACAUAGGUUAGGUAAUAAUAGUUAAUGAUUUUGAAUAAAAAGAAAAGCUGA